GACGGAGCGGCGGUGCGGGCGGCCUGUCCCCCUCCCUCCGCGGUUUCGCGACGCCUGCCGGCCCCAGGUUUCCUGAGAGGCGACGUGGGGUCUUCUCUCCUUUGCUUCCCUAGGAGUCGCGAUCCCGUCAGCGGCGGCCCGGGAGAGGACGCGGUCCGCGCAGCGGAGGCUUGGGCGGCGGCGCCAGCGCCCCGACGCCCCGGCGCCGGCAUGUCGGUGGUCGGCAUCGAUCUCGGCUUCCUAAACUGCUACAUCGCCGUGGCGAGGAGUGGCGGUAUCGAGACCAUUGCCAACGAGUACAGCGACAGGUGCACCCCGGCUUGUAUAUCUUUGGGAUCAAGAACUCGAGCCAUUGGAAAUGCAGCUAAGAGUCAGAUAGUCACAAAUGUAAGAAAUACAAUUCAUGGCUUCAAAAAGCUUCAUGGGCGAUCAUUUGAUGAUCCCAUUGUGCAAACUGAGAGAAUCAGGCUACCCUAUGAACUGCAGAAAAUGCCUAACGGAAGUGCUGGGGUUAAGGUGCGGUACCUAGAAGAAGAGAGACCUUUUGCCAUUGAGCAGGUUACUGGAAUGCUGUUGGCCAAGCUUAAAGAGACUUCAGAAAAUGCUUUGAGGAAACCAGUGGCUGACUGUGUAAUUUCAAUCCCCAGCUUUUUCACUGAUGCUGAGAGAAGAUCUGUGAUGGCUGCAGCCCAGGUUGCAGGUUUGAAUUGUUUAAGGCUGAUGAAUGAAACUACUGCAGUUGCACUAGCAUAUGGAAUUUAUAAACAGGAUCUUCCCCCAUUAGAUGACAAACCAAGAAAUGUAGUAUUUAUUGAUAUGGGACAUUCUGCCUAUCAGGUCUCGGUUUGUGCUUUUAACAAAGGAAAACUUAAAGUGUUGGCUACUACCUUUGACCCAUAUUUGGGUGGCAGGAACUUUGAUGAGGCUUUAGUAGACUACUUCUGCGAUGAGUUCAAGACCAAAUAUAAGAUAAAUGUGAAAGAAAACUCUCGGGCCUUGUUGCGUUUAUAUCAGGAAUGUGAAAAACUAAAGAAGCUAAUGAGUGCAAAUGCAUCUGAUCUUCCAUUGAACAUUGAGUGUUUCAUGAAUGACCUUGAUGUUUCUAGUAAAAUGAACAGGACUCAAUUUGAACAAUUAUGUGCUUCCCUCUUGGCUAGGGUUGAACCACCUUUAAAAGCAGUAAUGGAACAAGCUAACUUACAGCGUGAAGAUAUAAGCAGUAUAGAAAUUGUAGGGGGAGCCACACGGAUUCCUGCAGUGAAGGAACAGAUCACUCGGUUCUUCCUCAAAGACAUAAGCACCACCUUAAAUGCUGAUGAGGCUGUUGCCAGAGGAUGUGCACUACAGUGUGCAAUUCUCUCACCAGCAUUUAAGGUACGUGAAUUUUCUAUAACAGACCUUGUUCCUUAUUCAAUCACACUAAGGUGGAAGACCUCUUUUGAAGAUGGAACUGGGGAAUGUGAAGUAUUCUCUAAGAACCAUCCUGCCCCAUUCUCAAAAGUCAUUACUUUCCACAAGAAGGAACCAUUUGAACUAGAAGCAUUUUAUACAAAUUUGCAUGAAGUGCCUUACCCUGAUCCAAGAAUUGGGAGCUUCACUAUUCAGAAUGUUUUUCCACAGUCUGAUGGUGAUAAUUCCAAAGUAAAGGUUAAAGUUCGUAUUAACAUUCAUGGAAUCUUCAGUGUGGCUAGUGCAUCUGUAAUUGAAAAGCAAAAUUUGGAGGGUGAUCACAGUGAUGCUCCUAUGGAAACAGAAACUUCAUUUAAGAAUGAAAACAAAGAUGAUGUGGAUAAAAUGCAUGUUGACCAGGAAGAAGGAGGUCAUCAAAAAUGUCAUGCUGAACACACCCCAGAAGAGGAAAUUGAUCACACAGGAGCUAAAACAAAGUCAAUUCCCUCAGACAGACAAGACCGAAUAAAUCAGACCAUUAAAAAAGGAAAAGUCAAGAGUAUCGAUCUGCCAAUCCAGAGUAGCCUGUAUCGACAGCUGGCCCAAGACCUUCUCAAUAGCUACAUUGAAAAUGAGGGGAAGAUGAUAAUGCAGGAUAAGUUGGAGAAAGAAAGAAAUGACGCUAAAAAUGCUGUUGAAGAAUAUGUGUAUGAUUUUAGAGACAGGCUGGGCAGUGUCUAUGAAAAAUUCAUCACUCCAGAAGAAAUGAAUAAACUGUCUGCAAUAUUGGAAGACACAGAAAAUUGGCUUUAUGAAGAAGGAGAGGACCAACCUAAACAAGUUUAUGUGGAUAAGCUUCAGGAACUAAAGAAAUAUGGCCAGCCUAUUCAAAUGAAGUACAUGGAACAUGAAGAGAGACCAAAAGCUUUAAAUGACUUGGGAAAAAAAAUUCAGCUUGUCAUGAAAGUAAUAGAAGCAUAUAGAAACAAGGAUGAAAGAUAUGAUCAUUUGGAUCCUGCUGAAAUGGAAAAGGUUGAAAAAUAUAUCAGUGAUGCCAUGAAUUGGCUGAACAGUAAAAUGAAUGCACAGAACAAAUUAAGUCUCACUCAAGAUCCCGUGGUAAAAGUGUCAGAAAUAGUUGCAAAGUCAAAGGAACUGGAUAAUUUCUGUAACCCUAUCAUUUACAAGCCCAAACCAAAAGUAGAAGUUGCUGAAGACCAAGAAAAAGCUAACAAUGAACACAAUGGACCAAUGGAUGGACAAAGUGGAACUGAAACUAAACCAGAUACAAAAGACAGCUCGCAGCAUACUAAAUCCGGAGAGAUGGAAGUGGACUAAGUUUUAAUUUUAUCUUUACAUAAUUCAAACAGUCUAAGUAACCAAGGGUCCAUUCAUUUUUUUACAUCUGAUGCACACAACAGAUGUUCAAUUGUUCUUAACUACUUUUUGUCAUUUGUUUUUUGGAGUAGUUUUGAAAAGUGUUCUGUAUUGAGUGCACUUCUAUUCAUUUCCAUUGCUGCUUAUGUGAAGCUUUAGCUGAAUAUGGAUUUACAAGUCACUUAAGCUUUCCUGACAUACUUCAUAUCAAACAUGCAGGAUUGGUAUGUAAUUGGCAACAGUCUACCUUUAUUUAACGCUUCUAUUGGAUAAACCUCAUUUCCUUUAUUCAAGAAAGGAUACUGUAUUGCACUAUUGUUGCAGAAGCAUAGAUUUAAUUGCAUUGUUAUUUUUUUUAAAUAUUGAAAAUUGAUGUGGUUUAAAGCCACUGAGGCACUGACCUUUUUUCUAGUUAUUGUAUUGUUAUAAUUUCAAUAUUAAAACAAGUAAGAGGUUCCU